GCCAUGAACAGACAGUACUUCAAUGAGCUUGGACAGUACGACAGUGGCAUGGAUAUCUGGGGAGGAGAAAAUUUGGAAAUAUCAUUUCGGAUCUGGAUGUGUGGCGGUAAGCUCUUCAUCAUCCCUUGCUCCAGAGUAGGACACAUUUUCCGAAAAAGGCGGCCCUACGGGUCUCCUGAAGAGAUGCAGAUACCUGGGCCCAACGCCAGGCCCCAGCAGCCCAUUUUCAUCAACAGAGGACCCAAGCGGCCCCGGGUCCUGCAGCGUGGCAGGCUCUACCACUUCCAGACCAAUAAAUGUCUGGUGGCCCAGGGCCGCCCCAGCCAGAAGGGCAGCCUGGUGGUGCUGAAGGCCUGCGACUACCGGGACCCGACGCAGAUCUGGAUUUACAAUGAAGAGCAYGAGUUGGUUUUAAAUAACCUCCUUUGUCUAGACAUGUCCGAGACCCGCUCCUCAGACCCGCCUCGGCUCAUGAAGUGCCACGGGUCGGGUGGAUCCCAGCAGUGGACCUUUGGGAAAAAUAACUGGCUGUACCAGGUGUCCGUCGGACAGUGCCUGAGUGUGGUGGACACCCUGGGUCCCAAGGGCUCCGUAGCCAUGGCCAUCUGUGAUGGCUCCUCCUCACAGCAAUGGCACCUGGAAGGGUGAGGGGUGCCACCCAGUCUGCCAGCCCAGCCCUGGGGUCCGGCUGGUGGGGAUCCUGGAGAGGGCGGCCAUCUGCAGGCAACCAGGAGUCUCCACU